AUGAGUGGAUAUCAGCCAUACAACAAUUUCACAUCCGACGGAACAGGAUACGGGAACUACAAUGGCAACAGUGGCGGAUUUGCCUCUGACGGGCCAAGCUCGUCGCAAAACAGAUCAUCUGUGACUCAGAGCAUCAUCCCAGUGACGAUCAAGGAAAUCAACGAAGCCGAGCAAUCGAUGCCAGACGCCCCAUUUGUGACCCACGGAUUGGAAUUGUACUAUGUCUCGUUCGUGGGGAUCAUCAGAGAGCUGGAAUCCUCUCAAGCCCAGUCCACCACGCUGAAGAUCGAGGACGGUACCGGUGUUGUGUCAGUGAGAAAAUGGAAUGACGAGGAAGCUAACGAGCCCGAACCGUUCAUUACCGGCGAGUACGUCAAGGUGGUGGCCACAAUCAGAGAAUUCUCUGGCAAGAAACAGAUCCAGACCCAGACCGUUCAGAAAGUCAAGGACUUCAACGAGAUUCCUUACCAUUUCCUCAGCGCCAUCAAAGUGUACCUGGAAAGCAAAGGAUCCGCUAAGCAGUCUAACCACUCUAAUGGAACAUCUGGUGAGGGCUCAUUGUUUGUGGGCAAUGGAUCAUCCGAUGGUCCUAAGUCUGACCUUGAGAAGAUCUUUGAGUUUGUCCAGGAAAACAGCGCCGUGAUGACCGACGGAGUGCCAUUGCAACUCAUUGCACAGAACUUCAACAUCGCAGUUGACGAGGUCGAGCCAAAAAUCGCCACUUUGAUCGACGACGGAAGAGUUUACAAUGGUUCUGACGAUACCAGCUUCCUGGCUGUUGUAGACAUUCAUGCCACGACAGAGUCCAUCACGGUGCCCGACUUUGAGGCAAAGAAACUGGCCCAGAGCUCGUCGUUUGACACUACUUCACCUCCGCUGACUUUCUUGUCAACCAGACCGUUUAGUGUCUUUGUGAGCUCUGUGGAAUCAACAAGGUCAUCGUCAACCUCGUCGAUGUUAGACUGUGAGGCAGUCCGUUUCCGCACAAGCUCCAUUCGUUUCGCGGUGGACAAAAUGGCGAUGGACUCCUCAACAGAGUUCUCAAUCACAAAGUUCCAAACCUUGAGCUUCGACAGGUCUCGAUCUACCUCGGCCGACGAUUUCGAAUCCGGUGGAUCUUGCGACUCCGAGAUCAUCCCUCCCUUGAGCUCCUUUCUCGUCAGAGUGAAAGAGUACAAGUCUGACGCAAACAACCGCUUUUUGCACAUCGGACAAGUUGGAUGGACUCCCAUCCACUCGCCCAAACAAUCUUUGCAGAAUUGGUGGCCGCAAGAAGUCAGAGUGCCUAGAACAAUUGAUGAUCGACAGAUAACACAUGUUUUCUCCUUUUUCGUUUCAAGAUCUUCGUCACCACCUGUAUCGCCAAUAAGACUGUUCAAAUAUGUCAAUCUGACUUUGCUUGAUCUAACAGAGUCCUCCAAUGACUUGAUUUCCAUUUGA